UGUGGCGCAUCGCUCCGCUCGCACUCCGCUUUGUGGAAGAGACUCCAGACACAGAUUAUUGGAUUAAUUUGUCAGAUUAAGCGGAUAACCCCGGCGGGCCUGGUGGACGCGGCGCUGCAUGGCGGUGGCGGUUUCCUCGGGAGGGGAGGCUCUCAUGAUGGAGAAUGGACAGGGCACCACCUCGAAGCUGGGCCUGCCGCCGCUCACCCCCAACCAGCAGGAGGCGCUGCAGAAGGCUAAGAAGUAUGCGAUGGAGCAGAGCAUUAAGAGCGUGCUGGUGAAGCAGAGCCUGGCCCAGCAGCAGCAGCAGCAGCUCACCAGCCUGCAGAUGGCGUCUCUGACGAUGGGUUUUGGAGACGCUCUCUCACCUCUGCAGUCGGUGGCGGCCCAGCGGCAGCGGGCUCUGGCCAUCAUGUGUCGGGUCUACGUGGGGUCCAUCUACUACGAGCUGGGAGAGGACACCAUCAGACAGGCCUUCGCCCCCUUCGGCCCCAUCAAGAGCAUCGACAUGUCCUGGGACUCUGUGACCAUGAAGCACAAGGGCUUUGCCUUUGUGGAGUAUGAGAUGCCGGAGGCGGCCCAGCUGGCUCUGGAGCAGAUGAACUCUGUGAUGUUGGGAGGAAGAAACAUCAAGGUCGGCCGGCCCAGCAACAUCGGCCAGGCUCAGCCAAUCAUAGACCAGCUGGCGGAGGAGGCGCGGGCCUUCAACAGGAUCUACGUGGCGUCGGUGCACCCCGACCUGUCGGACGACGACAUCAAGAGCGUGUUCGAAGCUUUCGGCAGGAUCAAGUCCUGCAUGCUGGCCAGAGAGCCCACCACCGGGAAACACAAGGGCUACGGCUUCAUCGAGUACGAUAAGGCCCAGUCGGCGCAGGACGCCGUGUCCUCUAUGAACCUGUUUGACCUGGGCGGCCAGUACCUGCGGGUAGGGAAAGCCGUCACCCCCCCCAUGCCUCUCCUCACCCCGGCGGCACCCGGUGGCCUCCCCCCCGCUGCCGCCGUGGCCGCCGCCGCCGCCACGGCCAAGAUCGCCACCCAGGAGGCGGUGGGGGCGUCGGUGCUGGGCGCUCUGGCCGGACCAGCGCUCCUGUCCCAGCAGCUGGGCGGGCUCCCUCAGGCCGUCAUGGCGGCUCAGGCUCCAGGUGUGAUCACAGUCCACGGUCAUGGUCCUGAGGAACAUGGUGGGUCCGGACGACAUCGACGACGACCUGGAGGGCGAGGUGACCGAGGAGUGCGGGAAGUUCGGCUCGGUGAAGCGGGUCAUCAUCUACCAGGAGCGGCAGGGCGAGGAGGACGACGCCGACGUCAUCGUCAAGAUCUUUGUGGAGUUCUCGGAGGCGGCGGAGAUGAACCGGGCCAUCCAGGCGCUCAACCACCGCUGGUUCGGAGGUCGCAAGGUCGUCGCCGAGGUCUACGACCAGGAGCGCUUCGACAGCAGCGACCUGUCGGCGUAGCCGCUGCCGCCGUGACGCUCACACCGGCCGCCACGCCGCCGCCUGGACCUGAGCUCUCCUCCCUCCAGAGGAGAGACAUGUGGCGGGUUUGUCUCACAACUGUGGACUUAACUUUGUUUUGUACAGAUUUUAAAAUCUUUUUUAAUUUUAAUAACUUGAUUCUGUUACUUUGCCAAGUCACUUCUGAAACUGAACGCCUGCUGUCGAACCGUUUGGAUUCUGUCCCUGACCCGUUUCCCUUCAUGUGUCCUGACCACAGCUGCUGUACGCAUGUUCCACCUGCAGGGGGCGCCGCAGAGGCUGAAACCAGGCUAAACAGAGUCUAAUGAGUAGUGGUCAGUGGGACUGUCAGCUCUGUAGAUGAUAAUCCUGCUCCUCCUGCAGGGGGCGCUGCAGAGGCUGAGCAGAGUGUCGGCUCUGUAGAUGAUAAUCCUGCUCCUCCGCUGCUUCAGAAGCUCCACAUUUCUCUGAGCU